AUGAUAUUAUCAAAUAUUGGUGGUGAUAUCAAUAUUUACAUUCUUAAACGAAUAAAUUGUUGGGCUUGUCAUAUACGUGGUUAUCUACAUUUUGUUUUUCUCAAUUCAAUUUAUCUAUCUUAUGUACUUCAGAGUGGUUUUCGUCUUUUACGUAUUGUAUUUCAUAAAUAUAAAUAUUUACGAACAAUUUAUUCGUUUUCAUUUUUUAUUCUCGUUCAAUGGAUUGCAUCAUUUCUAUUUAUUUUACCUAUUUUGAUUGGAGAUCAUAACUAUACAUCUGUUGUUGUCUAUUUACCUCAAGAAUUUUAUUGUAGUAUUCCUAUUACUAGUAUUCGAGGUACUAUAUUUAUAAUACUUAGUGUAUAUUUCAUACCAUUAUGUUGUAUUGGUGUAACUUAUUUGUGGAUUAUAAUUCAUGUCCAAUAUAGAAACAGACAAAUUAUGUUGAUACCUAUUUCAGUUCAACGUAAAACCAAACGUGAUAAUAUUAUCAUAAAACGAAUUUGCAUGGUUAUGAUUGUUCUUUCAUCAUUAGGAAUAAUACCAUGUUCGUUUGUUAUUGUAUAUAUUAUGACUAAUUACUUGCAUUGGGCAUCCUAUCGCAUAAGUUGGAUGACAGUUUCCAUAUCAUUUGCAUUAAUUACUCUAUCAUCACUUUAUCAUGAUGAUGUUGAUGAUGAUGAUAUUAGAUUUAUUUCUAAUAUUAUUGUUAAUAUUGUUGAAUCAAAUGAUAUAUUUGAACGAUCAGCUGAAAAUAUUCGAAUUGAAGAUAAUGGUCAAAGUGAUAUGAAAAUGAAUGAUGUAUUAGACUUAUUUAUUGAUUGUGAUCAUCAAAUAAUUUGUUUAACAAAUGAUCGAACACAUAGUUCACAUGAACUCAAUAUUGAUAUUAAUAAAUGUCCAUUGCCAUGA